AUGCCGGCGCCAAUGUGGCCGGCCAUUGUCUCAGCUUCUCCUGGGUUGCGGAAACGUUUGCGGGCAAGGCCAAGGCUGGCUUGGCUGGUUGCUCUUUGCGCUGUCGGUCGUUGCGCUGUCGGUCGGUGCGCUGUUGCUCUGUUGCGCUGUUGCGCUGUUGCCGCUGGGGGCGGCCGCAAUAGGAAGCCAACCAUCCAUCCAUCCACUCGGGCAAUCAACCAUCAACCAUGA